AUGUCAUUCAAAUUCGGACUCAAUGUGAAGAACAAGGGCGCGGAUCCACUCGCGAAAUCGGCCGCCAAGCCUUCUCUGGGGAAGAAGAAGAAGCCGCUGUUCGACGAAGAGGAGGAAGAUGCGAAAGGCAAAUCCAAAGCGACGGACGGCGCCCAGGAAAUCGGCGAGCUGAACUUCGAAGACACUCUGGCCGCUAUCUCAUCAGAACCCUCGAAACCAGCGCCCUCAAAACCAAAGAAAGGCCAGCCUCCCGCUCCUCCGUCCAAGAAACCUAAGCCGAAAGAAGACGAUCCCACCGCCAUCGCGUACUCCGCCAGCGCUGCAGAAGCCGAGAAACGCGCACAGGAAGCUUUAGAAGCCGACGCCACCAUAUACGACUAUGAUGCUGCAUACGACGCGCUCCACGCGGUCAGCGCCGCCAAAAAAGCUGCUGAACGCGACAGCGCCGCGGAACGGAAACCCAAGUACAUGGAUGCGCUCUUCGAAUCCGCCGAACAACGUAAGAAGGACCAACUACGGGCACGCGACAAAUUACUCCAGCGCGAACGUGAAGCCGAAGGCGACGAGUUUGCGGACAAGGAGAAGUUUGUGACCGGCGCAUACAAAGCCCAACAAGAAGAGACGCGAAAGGCCGAAGAAGAAGAGAAGAAGCGGCAAGAGGCGGAGGAAGAGAAAAAGAAGAAGUUUGGUAUGCAGGGCUUCCACAAACAGAUGCUCGCGGAACAGGAACGACGGCAUCAGGAGGCUAUGGAAGCAGCGGCGCAAGCACUGAAGGAUGGUGUGAAGCCCGUUGUUGAGGAGGGAGAGAAGGAAAAGACAGACGCUGAAAUUGUCGAAGAGCUACGUAAACAGGGCAAGAACGUCAUUCUCAACGAGGAUGGGCAGAUCGCGGACAAACGCCAGCUCCUCUCAGCAGGCCUCAACAUCAUUGCGAAACCCAAGCCCGCUUCAUCUGCCUCUGCCUCCACCACUGCUGCAAACCAAACGCAAUCAGCAUGGACGAAACCCAAACCCGGCAAGAAUGCACAACGCGAACGCCAGACCCAGAUGGUAGCCGAGCAGAUUGAAGCGGCGAACAAGCGGAAAGCAGAUGAAGAAGCUGAGGAACAAGCGAAACUGGAGCAUACACGCAAGAGUCAGAAGACAGAGAAGGACAUCAGUAGUGCCAAGGAGAGGUAUCUGCAGAGGAAGAGAGAGAAGGAUGCUGCUGCUAAAGCUGCGGCUGGGAAGUGA